CUCAUUGCAGCAUGUACUUUAACAGCCACCAAGGUUUAAUGAUUCAUAGUUGAGCUUUUGGAUUUCAUUUGCUCCAAGUCAUCUCUCAGCUAUGUCAAAUUCAAAGCCUGUCAUUAUAUUCAUACCUGGGGCAUGGCAUCCACCAGAGUGUUUUGCUCCAACCACAAAGCUUCUGUCCAAUGCAGGAUACACAGUCGACUUGAUUCAUUCGGCUUUAUUAGACCCGCCAGAGAAUGAUGUCCCCACCACUUACUUCCCCGAUGUCGAGCGUAUCCAGGCACGCAUGCGAGAAGCGAUUUCCAAGGGCUACAAAGUUGUGCUCUUCGCACACUCCUUCGGCGGACUAUCUGCAUCAGCCGCUAUAGAGGGAUUUGAAGAACAUGUCCAACACCUGAUCCUCUGUGCGGCCUGGCUGCUUCCAAAAGGGUCGGCACCAACGGCGUUUGGGCCUGACCCACCGUGGUUCAAAUUGAAUGAAAAUAAGACUCUUGUACUGCCGGUGAAUCCUCAGCAGCGCUUCUACCACGAUGUUCCUGAGAAAGAGGCGGAAAAGGCCAUUGCGAGCCUCAAACCUUUUGCUUACCUACCGCUAACCACGGUGACGCCAUUUGAGGGUUAUCGAGCUGUACCCACAACCUACAUCAUGUGCACACAAGACCAAGCGCUAUCAUUGGAGGUCCAAGAGAUGCAAGUGCGCGUGUUUGCGAAGGACAGUGGAAUCAACACCGUGAAGCUGGAUUCAAGUCACAGCCCUUUUUUUAGCAUGCCUAGCAAGGUAGCGGAGGUCAUUGCAGGAUUAGUAGGACGCGAGCAAAGUCAAAUCUAAAAGUGAUGAAUUGCGGCACACUCAUUCCGGGUCGGGGCCAGAUG